AUGGCUGGUGACAACGUUAACAACAAUUCCGAUACUGAUCAUGAUGGUACUAUUCCCCGUGACGAGGUGGAUCCUCUGGUGGUGAACACUAAUGCAUCUUCGGCUGCUUCAAGUACUAAUAAUGAUGCUAUGAUCAACGUGCCUAGUAGAGGUCCAGCGGCACAGACUGGUGCGACGACAUCAACAUCAACGACUAACAACUUUAGCGCCACUCCUAACAUCCAGACGACUUCUUCAACAAGCUCUCCGGUUGUGGUGUCUACGGCUUCCAGUGAGUCUAUUCUCCCUGUUAGGACGAAGCGACUCUUUGUGCCCGUUCCCGAGAAGUUUGCUAAUAAGCCAACGGACAAUAUACGUGAUUGGUUUGAAGCUUAUGAGCUCUAUACCUACGGUAAUCUCUAUGAUGACCGUGCUCGUGCCCGUUUUCUGGGUGCAUUCCUUACUGGUGAUUCUGCUAAUGUUUGGAAGACCCAAUGCUCUAAGGUUAAUUAUGAAGCUGACAAGGCAAUUCUCAUUAAGACUUUUGAGAAGUGUCGGCUCCCUGAUGAAGCCUGGAGUCGAUUUGAUAAUUAUCAGUGGGAUCGUAUCCAACCAUUGUCCGUUUAUGCAGCUGCUCAGUCGAGAUAUUUGAACGAGUACAACGACUUGCUGAAGCCUGAUUGUCGACUUUCACUACCUGCCAGGGAGACUCUUUUGGUUGAGAAGUUAUCUAAGUUGGCUACAGGCGCGGCGAAGGCUGAGAUUCGUCGAGCCCGUCCUCGGAGUGCUGCCGAUGUUUGUGACCUUCUGGGUGCCUAUGUUGACAACAGUGAUCAGACUGGCAUUAAUGCUGUCCGUUCUAUAGAACCUAAGUUAGAUGCCAGCAUCGAGAUGUUAUCCAAGCUACUUGGUGCCUUUGAGGGUGCCCAGUCGCGACAAGUUGAGCAGUUUGAUCGACUUUGCGCCAUUUUGGGUAAUCCACAGCCAAAAGGCCAACCUAAUGGACAAGUAGUACAAAAUGGUCAACAACGACGACGAGGUGUUCGUAGAUGUGGUAUUUGUUCUGGUCCUCAUCUAACUCUGGAGUGCUUCCACAAGAAGUUUACUGUUGGCUGUGCUAUCUGUGGGAACACUGAGCACUUCGCCCGUAAUUGCCCGUUGCGUACUACCUUCUUGGCUGGUCUACAAGAUCCCGGCAAUCCUAUUCUGCUAUUGGGCUCUGCCAUUGUAAGAUUAACGUUGUAUGAUUCGCCUAAUGUUUAUGUGGUAGAAGAUUUAAUUUGUGAUAUGUUGUUGGGCUUCGACUUCCUUUGGCAUUAUGGUUUGUCCUUACAAAUGGUUGAAGGUUUUGUCCGUUUGGUUGGUACUCGUGACCCUCGGGUGGGUCGGUAUCGUGAACCUCUACCGGAACCUGAUGCAAGGAGUGUGAGUGUGUCGUUGCCCUUCGCUCUACUUGGAGCAACUGGUUCUGCGGGUGUACUACCCGUCCCUCCGACUAUCUGCCCUAGUGAAGCACAGGGUGUAUGUACCCGUAAUGCUUCUACCCAGACUACUGGUAUGAUUGAUGAGUCUGUUCAAACGGUACCAUCCACAUCUAGCAUAAGUUCUUCGGAGACUGUCCCCAAGAACCCCGUUCGUUGUGCCAGAACUUGUGAAAGUCCGCCUGAUGUUGUGAUUGGUAAUGGAGCUAGUUCUCUAUACUCUCUUUGCCGAUACUCUGAUGAUGUUUACUCUCACCUUGGUUUUGGUGAUGGUGAUGGUGAUGAAAGUCCUUCCCUGGCUCAGCGUAGGGUUUUCGCUGACGCUGGGGCUCCUAUCUGUUUGCUGCAAUCCCCUGAUCCGUAUGAAUUUUAUGAUGACCCUAAGAAAGGCGGACAUACUGGUUUUGAACAAUGGCCUGCAGAAGACCAAGAGAUCUACGACGAGUUCGAGAAUGAUGACAUAGGUGGUAAUUUGGACGACUAUGCGGUUCCAUUACUGCCCGGUCCUGAGGAACCUGACGUUGUAUUACCCAAGCUCCCGGUGUCUGACCGCCCCGAACUUUGCUCUAUUCAAGAUCUUUGCAAUGAGUUCUCGGAGUUGUUCAACAACAAGAUCGGGUUUUGUCCGUUGGUCACUCACGACAUAAAGACCUUUGAUGAGCAGCCGAUGGCGCAGCGUCCGAGACGCGUACCACAUAAGUGGCAAGCUGACAUACGAGGCCAGAUUGAUGAUAUGUUGAGAGAAGGGAUUAUUCGGCCAAGGUUUGCUUUGGUAGCUUAG